AUGUCCGGCGCCUCAACCUCCAACAACACCUCAACAACCCAAGCAACCGUCUCCGACUCCACCGACAAAUCACAACCUCUCCAACCCCAGAAACCCACAGCUCUCGAGGAAGACGAUGAGUUUGAGGACUUUCCCGUAGAAGACUGGACCAAAGAAGAAGAAGUCGGCGCACAGGCAGGAGGCAGCACACAUUUAUGGGAAGAGAGCUGGGACGACGACGACACGACGGAUGAUUUCAGCGUGCAGUUGAAGGAGGAGUUGAAGAAGAUGGGGAAGAAUUGA